GCCAUCCUGAUCCUUCAUUCCUAUUUCUUCUCCUUAUCAGCCCCCCUGUUCUUCUUCAUUCUCUUGUCUUCCACCACGUAGGAUGAUCUGACCCCCACAUUUCCUGCUAACGACCACCCUCAAUUCCUCCCCGCCCAGAACAUCGCUCCACCAUGAUCAGUGCCACUGGGCGCUGGUUCCGGCGCAAUCGCAAGGGUCUUGCAAUCGGGGCCGGCGUGCUCGGAGCCGGAUACCUGGCCGGUCAAUAUGUGCUGGGCAAGAUCUCGGAGGCAAGAGAGCGCAUGGGGAGUGACCGUGUUGCGCGAGAGAACCUACGGAGACGCUUUGAGCAAAACCAAACCGACUGUACCUACACUGUCUUGGCGCUGCUACCCACAGCUGCGGAAGAUAUACUGGAAGCCCUGCCGGUUGAAGAGUUGACGAAAGAGCUACAGAAGAAGCGCGCGGAGCGGUUGGCUCGUCUCGGUGCGGGAGAAGGAACAGGGUCCGACUUGAGCUCCAUUUCGCCGAGUAUCACCGACGAUGAUCGCCGCAGUCUCUCCAGCUUCCAGAGUGAUGGCUUCGUUCGCGCCAGUCAGCUGGGAGAAUCGACCCUUGAGGGGGCGGCACCGUCGCCCUCGCCGAAGCGGAACAAGACCCAGCUGUGGAACGAGGUUAAGAUCACCUCGAUCACUAGGUCGUUUACUCUCAUCUACACCCUAUCGCUGCUGACCAUUUUCACCCGAAUCCAACUUAACCUGCUCGGCCGGCGGAAUUAUUUGUCUAGCGUGAUCUCGAUGGCCACCCCUCCAGCAGAUGCCUCUACGAUUAGACUCGAAGAUCAUGACGACGACGAUCUGACACAGACGCUGGGCAAUGACUUCGAAACGAACCGCCGCUAUCUGGCCUUUAGUUGGUGGCUCCUUCACCGUGGCUGGAAGCAAUUAAUGGAGGAAGUGCAAGCGGCCGUGACGGAAGUAUUUGGGUCUCUCAACCCUAGAGAGGAUAUUUCACGAGGCAAGCUGGCAGAGCUUACGCUGCAGGUCCGGAGGAAGGUGGAAGGAGAUACCGAGGAGGACAGAAAGCGCCGGAAAUGGCUGGCCUACAUACUUCCUCCGAGGGAGGAGGAAGAUCAUCUGCUAGAAGAGUCUGGUGUAUUAGGCGUGACGGAGCCGUCGACGCCCCAGACCACCGCGACGCUGCGGCACCUCCUGGACGAGACAGCCGAUCUGAUUGAUUCUCCAACAUUUACCCGCGUUGUAUUGCUUCUUAACAACGAGUGCUUCGAGACCCUGGUUCAGCAAUGUACAGCAGAAGCUUUCAAGAACCCACAGACUCCCGCCCCUCAGUCUUUCACCUCUGUUGCUACGAUCGUCCCCGGGGCGGACGGCUCGGAGCCAAAGACGAAACUGGCAAACGUGCUGGCCGUCAUGGCUCGACAAGCCCAUGUCAUCGGGAACGGCACCGCUCCUCCUAAUAUAUACCUAAAUGCUAUGGAACAGGGAGUACGGGAGCUGGAGGCCUUUGCGGCUGUUAUGUACAGCUCAAACUUCGACUCGGAGCUGCUUGAUGCUGAGCCGAAGACGCAAGCGGAGACCCAUGAUAGAAACGAAGAACCAAAUCACCGAGCGAAACCUUUCCCGCCACAUGUUAUGAGCGCCGUGAACAACAGAGACGACUAGUGAUUAGGUGUAAUGACUCACACAGGCAAAGGAGCCUCAUGAUAGAAACGAAUGAGAAUAAGGAAACUUCUGACUCGAGCUCAAGGUCUGCCUGCAAGUUUUGGACAGAUCUGGAGUUAUUCGUGAAAACAACGUGGUAAAGUCGACCGUGGUGAUCCAAGCACGAAAUUAGGUGACUUGUAGAGUUAGGGGUAUGCGAUAAAGUACCUGUUC